AUGGCCGCGUGGAGCGAGCGACUGGCCGGCAUACGCGGUGUGCUGCUCGACAUCUCGGGCGUUCUGUGCGAUGGUGACGCGGGCGGCGGCAGACCCAUUCCCGGCUCCGUGGAGGCAGUGGCGAGGCUGAAACAGUCCCGGCUGAAGGUGCGGUUCUGCACUAACGAGUCCCAGAAGUCCCUGCGGGAGCUGGUAGACACGCUGCAGAGACUGGGCUUCGACAUCUCUGAGGGUGAAGUGACCGCCCCUGCCCCGGCCACCUGCCGGAUCCUGAGGGCACGAGGCCUGCGGCCACACCUGCUCAUCCCUGAAGGGGUCCGCUCAGAGUUCCAUGGGAUCGACACGUCCAACCCAAACUGCGUGGUACUUGCAGAUGCAGGGGAGGCCUUUUCCUUCCAGAACAUGAACAAAGCCUUCCGGGUGCUGAUGGGACUGGACACGCCUGUGCUCAUUGCCCUGGGGAAAGGACGCUACUACAAAGAGGUCUCUGGCCUGAUGCUGGAUGUGGGUGCCUACGUGAAGGCCCUGGAGUAUGCCUGUGGCAUCGAAGCUGAAGUGGUGGGGAAGCCUUCAGCCCAGUUCUUCCAGUCUGCCCUGCAGGAGAUGGGUGUGGAUGCUCACCAGGCCAUCAUGAUUGGAGAUGACAUCGAAGGCGACAUUGGAGGGGCCCAGCGGUGCGGGAUGCGGGCACUGCAGGUGCGGACCGGGAAGUUCAGGCCCAGCGAUGAGCACCACCCGCAGGUGAAGGCCGACGGGUACGUGGACAACUUGGCACAGGCCGUGGAUCUGCUGUUGAAGCACACGGAGUCCUAA